AUGCGCCGGGACUUCCGCUGGUUGGACAUCUGGGAGCUGGGGCGCAUCGGGCAUUUCAUCAUCGGCCUCCCGUGCAAUGGUGGAUUUUUCCAUAUUUGCACCGAGUGUGUUUCGUGCUGCGGGGUCGGCUCGCUCAAGAAGCCGAAGUUCUCGAUCAAUGUGAAACACGCGGGCGUCUACUUCACGCAGACCAUCACGGAUCAUAUGGCAGAGAACCCAAAGGCUGGGACGCCCAGCGACGACAGGCAGAACCUGAGGUAUUUCUACGGCUCGCUGACCAAGACCAUCUUGGCCUUGUGGCAGUCCAUCACAGGCGGUGCCGACUGGGACCAGAUGGCCAGGCCGAUGAUCCACGAGGUGAGCCCGAUGCUCGGCCUGGCCUUCUGCGCGUACAUCGCCUUCGCGAUCCUGGCUCUGAUGAAUGUGGUCACCGGCGUCUUCGUCCAGACGGCCCUGCAGAGCGCCCAGCACGAGGAGGACUCGUUCCUCACGGACCAGAUCAUAUCACUGUUCCAGAUGGCGAAAGGCGACAAAAGCGCCAGGAUCACGCUCGACGAGAUCCAGCAGAAGGUGAAUGACCCAGCAGCCGCCAAGGAAUGGAAGUCGAUUAACGUCUCUGCCGACGAAGCCACGUACUUGUUCGACCUGCUGGACAUAGACCAGUCUGGCGAUGUGUACUUCGAGGAGCCGUGGGGA